UUAUGCAUGCCCCAAAUAUCAACUUGAGCGACAUCGUUAUUUUUAUGAAUUAUGUCUUGGAAAGUCAUAAAGGCAGUAAAGAUUAAAAGAUGAGCAUUUGCGUUCGCUAUGUCUGCCAGUGCAGAUGUAAACUACGAUGAUUUUGCGUAUGUUAUUCGGAAAUUUCCACCGGCGCGCAUUUGUUUCGGGUCUGGAGCACCGAGAAAAGUGGUUGUGACUCAUGACAAACCUUCCAAUAACCUUGGACCGGCGUAUUACGAUGGCGUUUAUCAUUAUGAGAAGAUUCGUAGUAAACGAGGAAUUCCCGGAUUGGCCAACACAGCUGAACGAGUCACACUAGAUACGUCGCAGAUGAUUAUUCCGGAUCCAUGCAAAUAUUCCAUAGUUAAACCUAUUGAUUUUGUUCAAAAUUGUGUGCCAUUCAAUGUUGGCAACAAGAGAUUGAAGCGCUUUAUAAAUAACAAUCCUGGACCUUCUACUUACAAACCGUCGAGAAUACAAUGCAAACGUACGCGUGUGGAUUAUAACUUUGGUCGUCCAUGUGUGGUGCCUGCCGUCGAAAUGAUCUGCAUUAAUUAUCCCAAUAAAAAGUGUGAAAAGUGCGGCGAGCCGUUUGAGUAUGGCGAUUUUUGGCAUCGCAAUUAUCAGGAUUAUUUAUGUACGCAAUGCAUGGAAGAAGAACAUCAUCUGCAUGAGAUGUACCAAGAAAAAGAACUCUGCUCUUUCAAGAAAAUUCGAACAUGCACAUUCAUCCAUAGACACGAAGGAACUUCAGCCGCCAUACGAUUAAUGCCAAAGAACAAAAUCGCGAAAAGAUUCCGCAUAGAAAACUACCUCUCGCUUUACAGCAAGUGUUAUUGCACAAAAAGUUAUACGGAACUUACAAUUCCACUCAACGAUCGAUUAUGAUCGAAAUAAUUAAUUUUCUUUCAUGUUUUACAUUUUUAGAAUAAAUAAUCACCAAUCGAG